AUGGAAAAAAAAGCUGCCGGUUUUAUUAUAUUUAGAAAAAUAAGUGAUAAUUUUGAAUAUUUGCUACUGCAAGCAUCUUAUGGAACUCAUCAUUGGACACCUCCAAAAGGACAUGUCGAACCUGGAGAGAGUGAGAUGGAAGCUGCAUUAAGAGAGACAAAAGAGGAAGCCGGAUUUGAAAAAGAUGAUCUUAAAAUUUAUAAGAAUUUUCAAAGGACUCUAAGGUAUACAGCAAAUGGAACUCGUAAAACAGUAGUAUAUUGGUUAGCAGACCUUUACAAAAACACACCUGUAACUCUUUCUUCGGAACAUCAAGCUUAUAAAUGGGGAAUAUUAAAUGAAGCAAGUAAACUUUGUCACUUUAAGGAUUUUGAAGAACUUCUCAAAGAUUGUGAGGAAUUUUUGAAAAAAGACUAUAAUAAAUAUGAAUUCUAA